CUAAGGUCCUCUGUUAACUCCUCAACAAGUUCUCUCUCUUCCUCUCUCGUUCUCACUCAUCUUCCGACGAAGAUAAAACCAAUGAAUUUUCUUGAUGCAAAAAAAAGUGUCUUUUGCAAGCAAAGAUGUGAGGGUAUCAAUGUGUCCGCGAUGUUCUUAGUUUGUUUGUGGAUGCAACUCUCUACCCCUUUAAUUUUUAUUCAAUAUUUAGUAGAAAUACCUAUCAUGUUAUUGUUGCCUUAGAACGGUUUUUCCAUAAUGAUAAGUUUGGUAGUGAGGAUAUACAUACUAAUUAAUUACAAUGUCUGUUCUUAGUUGUGUUUUUCCUUGAGGUUUGAUUUUCGAUUUUAACACAUUGAUGGUUAAAACUGAAAUAGUUCAUGUUGUUUAAAUUAAUUAAUUGGAGUUUUGUUUUGAUGUUGAAGCUGGAUGGAGUAUUUGUUCCAAUUUCCACUGUGAUUCACUCCUAACAUGAUUCUGUGUUGAAAAUGAAUGAAGCGAUGUAUCUACAAUGGUCUACUAUAGCUCCAGGCAGUUUUUUGCGUUUUUUUUUUGCGGCAUUUAUCAUUGGAAGUUGUUUUUGAAAAAUUAAAAUGGGUUAGAGGAAUGUGCAAGGACUGUUUGUGUAAGCACUGCCGAUCAAUUUAACUUGAUUUGUGGAUAAUUGAAUGAAAAUAAUUCUUGUAGAUGCUGCUGUAAAACUUCACAUGAUUCUAAUAUUACGGGUAUUGCUCUACUUUUUUUAGUAGCUUUUCCUCGGUGAGUUUAAGAUUCUGUAUUGGUUUCUAUUUUUUGUUUCAAAUACUUUUACUAUGCAGUGAAGAGGUAGCCGUUGCAGCCAGGCACCUGCUUCCGUUCCUGGUGAGCCCAUAGCCAUCAUUGAGAAGCAUGCUGCACAGCUCUGCGUUCUAGCAGAAGAUUGUGACCAACCUGAUUAUGUGAAACUGGUGAAGGCCUUUUAAGCUGAGCACAAUCUUAGCCUUUUUACAGUUCCAAGUGCAAAAGGGUAGAGAUUUUUAAGUGUGAACACUUUGGAAGAGUUGGAAAACUUAGCAAAAGAGGUUUCAAAAGCAACACUUUGGAGUCCAAAUAAGAGGUUUUCUUGAUUGAGAGGGAAGUGCAGUGAGGAAAAUGUGUUCGUUUGAUUUUGAUUUCAUCACGUUCAAAUCUACUUCCACCUUUUCAAUUUCAAACCUUAUCCACAACCAGUUCUUCGAUUGGGUGAAGGAAUCUCACUCCCACUGCAACUUUCGCCACUCCACCGACACUUUCAACCUCAUGCUCGACAUCCUGGCCAAGUUCUUCGAGUUCGAUCUCUGUUGGCACCUCAUUCGCCGCAUGCACUCCCGCACCUCCUCUUCCCCCAACCAUACCACAUUCCGUGUCAUAUUUAAGCGCUAUGUUUCCGCCCAUCUUGUCCAAGAUGCCAUCGACACCUUCCACCACCUUGAAGAGUUCAACCUCAAGGACCACACCUCCUUCUCCCACCUCAUAGACGCCCUCUGCGAGUACAAGCACGUCCUCGAGGCACAAGACUUUGUCUUCUCUAAAGACACUCCCGUCGAGGCAACUGGAAACACCAAGAUCCACAACAUGGUUUUCCGUGGGUGGUUCAAAUUGGGGUGGUGGAGCAAAUGCAACGAGUUCUGGGAGGAGAUGGAUAGAAAAGUCUUAGAAAGGACUUGCAUUUAUAAUUUACAUGGAUAUUCUGUGCAAAGCGGGAAAACCUUGGAAGGCUGUCAAAUUGUUCAAAGAGGUUACGAAGAAGGGUUUCCAAUUAGAUGUUGUGGUUUAUAACAUUUUCAUUCGAGCCAUUGGUCUUUCCCAAGAGGUUGAUUUCUCAAUUAGGGUUUUCCCUGAAAUGAAGGAGUUGGGUAUUAAUCUCACUAUUGUCACUUUAGAUGGGGGUUUCUUCGCCCGGUUUUCAUGAUAUGGAACAGAAUAGAACUUCCG